UUCGGGAGUAUUAUGGUCUGUCGGGAAUUCAGAGUGGCUGCGACUGGAGAAAAAUAUCUGCCCUGCUAGCGUUAGCGUCCGCCGAGCUAACGGUGGGUAGGUAGCGCCGGAGUAAACAUGGAGCUGUCUGCCGUCGGGGAGAGGGUGUUCGCCGCCGAGUCUAUCAUCAAACGCAGGAUAAGGAAGGGUCGCAUUGAAUACCUUGUGAAAUGGAAGGGCUGGUCUCCCAAAUACAGCACUUGGGAGCCGGAGGAGAAUAUUUUGGACUCCCGCUUGUUUGCCGCUUUUGAGCAGAGGGAGCGUGAAAGGGAGCUUUACGGGCCCAAAAAGAGAGGACCAAAACCCAAGACGUUUCUGCUCAAGGCUCAGGCUAAAGUUAAAGCCAAGUCCUAUGAGUUCAGGAAUGAAGCAGUCCGAGGGAUGCACAUCACCUACCCAACCCCAGAGCCGGUGGUCACCCCGAGGGCCAGAGAGGGCCUGAGAGCCGUUGUUCCCACCAUCUUCCCACCGAGCACCAUCAACCGCGGAGAGAGCGUUCGCCUCCGACAGCCAGAACUGAGCAGCCGCGAGCACCAGCAGCCUUUGCUUCAGCAAACCACUUCAGAUGGACUCAUCCACAUGCCCAAAAAGAGAGGCCCGAAGCCCAAGCCCCGCUUCAAGGACGGGAGCUUGGGUCCAGCCAUCUCUGAGCCCCACAAGAGGAGAGCAGAGGAGCAGGUGAGCCACGGCCCUCACAAGUUAGCGAAGCUCCAUGGAGGUGAAGAGAUGCGUCUGGUCAAAUUGGCCCACAGACAUCCGGAGAACCACGGUCACAGCCACAAACACCACUACCACCACCACCAUCACCACCACCACAUGCAUAGCCGGGGAAUCUCCAGUGGGAGCGCCUACAAGCAGCUCUACUCGCAUCCCCACAGGACAGACAUGGACUCACACAGGACCAGGGACAGCUCCGGCUACCUGGCCCCCGCACACUUCAAGCACCACUCCUCCAAAAUGAGCCUGAGCCGCCCCGUUGAACUUCCACAGAUGGAAAAGCCGUACUUUUUGGACAGGCCGUCCCCGGCCCGGCUCGACGACGACUUGGAUGAGGUGACGUGGAGGCCGUCUCUCGGCAAUGUGGAGAAAGUCCUGGUGACGGAUGUAACCACCAACUUCCUGACUGUCACCAUCAAAGAGAGCAGCACUUCGAAAGGCUUCUUCAAAGACAAAAGAUGAUCGCUUGCCCGAUUUCUUUACGCCGUGCUUUGUUACACUGAAGUUUAUAGGACAGAGUGCGAUUUUUAAGCAACGCAGUUUUUGUAUGUAAUGUAUAAAAGCAAACUACGUAAUGUGCAUAUGUGUAUAUACUAUAAAGUUGGACAUCUAUUUAAUGUAUUGACCAAAUCAAAUGAAGUCCAUUUCACAUAAGGCAUCGGUUAACAUGAGUUGCAUGUUUCCUUUGCAGCAGGUUGCUACUUUCUGUACAGAGCUUGUGAAAUUUACUAUUUUGCAAUUAUAACUAACUAGAAUGUAUUUUUUUCACCUGGUAUCUUCCCACCUGAGCUCAGGCUAGUAAAUUGUGAGAAGCAAGGAAAAGGCUUAGAUGUAAAAUUCACUCUGUGGAUUGAAUAUUUCUGUAUUAUUUGACUCAAUUAGACUGACAAGUCCUGUUCAAUUCAACGGGGCAAAUAUUUAAAAAUCUACUCAAGCACUUUGAAUUCAAAAGUAUUAACAGAAAUAAGACUGAGUCUGUCUCUGAGUUUUGUAAUGUCUAACAUUUCUAAUUAUGAACUAAAUAAAUUCAACACACAAUUUGAAGAGGUCUCCCCAAGGUGCACACUGAUUCCAUUUUUCCAUUAGCAUAUAGUAUAUUUUACAUUUUCAUAGAAAAAUGUUCAUGAAGCUUUUGAUGUAACAAGAUAAAAGAGUUGGUGUCAGACUGCUUUUUAGAGGCUUUUCAAUAAAUCAUUUGAAUUUUCUCA